AUGCCGGGCCUACUUACACAAAUAUGGCUUAGGCCUCCUUCAGGCGCUUUCAGGCCGUGGUAUAGAACCCAGCUGUUCCCGGGUAUCUAUAGGCGUACUCAACGUUAUGGUACCGCCUGCCAUGGGACGAUACCAACACGCAGUGAACUAAUGGAACAAUUUAAGGCACUCAAGAUCAACCGUGUUAUGAUUUUGGAAAAAAUUACAAAAUAUGAACUGGAGCUUCGUAAUGGGCUCACAGAAACUGAAGUACGCAAACGAUUCCCACUGGCAUAUAGGACCCAUCAAACGCAUACAAAGAUCAUGGAUGAAAUUGUAAGACAGCUAAAUGAACGAUACCAUAUACAUACCAUUGUCGUCAAGGCACAUUCACAUAACAUAUCGCUUAUCGACAUGCAUCGAUCGGCAUUCCCUCCAGAUAUUAUUAUCAGUGCUGGUGGUGACGGUACAUUCCUAGAGGCGGCUGCCCUUGUACCUCCAACGAAACCACCAGAAAAACGAUUAUGGAUCGUUGGUAUUAACACAGAUCCUGAACGUUCUGUCGGUGCCUUGUGCUUAUCAUACUUCAAACGGGGCGAUACUGCAUUCAGGCGAAGUACCGGUGCUGAGGGUGACGGUUUGGAACAUCUCAACCCUGAUGACGUGCCAAAACAAAACAUGAUAAGGUUUAGCGAUACGGGCACGCUUGUCAGAAAAGAAUGUACUUUCGACACAACAGGUGCAAAGGAAUGGUCUGAUAUUGCCUCAGCGUCUUUCUGUGAUACGCAAAAUUCUCAAGAUCCACAGUCACAAAGCAAAUGUACCGUUUUAUCCAAACAUACCGCCAAUAUUUAUAAUCUAACAUACGAUGAGUAUGUAGGCAACUUGUUAGAAAGACUCAUAGUCAAGAGAGACUACGAACCCGUAGCACGGCAAAAAAUAAGAAUAAAAAUGUUAAAGGGACAUAAUAAUGCACCGGCCGAUAUUAGUGCUACUAGGGGUGAUGCAACUUGUAUAGAGGAUAGCCUUUUUUGCGGAGCUGAUACAUGUUUCAUAGGAGAUGAUAUCUGUGCUGAGCUUUGUGAUACCGGGAACGGCAUAAUGCCAUAUGGUGCCGUGAACGACGUAAUAAUCGCUGAUAAAAGCUUCGGACGCACUUUCUACGGACUAGUACAGGUAGACUCUUCUGAAAUUAUGCGGGUAAAAAGCAGUGGAGUUUUAGUUUCAACAGGUUCCGGUUCCACAGCAUGGGCGUAUAAUAUGUGCAAAAUGACCACGAACAAUGGGGAAAGACUAUUUAAAAAUCUAAUCAACCAUCCAUCGUUUCCAAAAGAUGCAGCGAAAAAAAUUGAUCAACAGAUGAUGCGAGAAGCUAUUGAGGAACAUAAUACCAGUCUGGUCUUCGCUGCAUCACAGAAUACUUUAAAGUGUAUCAUACGUGAAGGCAUAAACAGCAAAUCUACUGUGGAUGCCUCUACAUUUAUGGGUCGCCAAGUCAAGGUACUUUCAUUAUCUAAGAACGCCAGGAUGUUUAUCGAUGGCUCUAAAAUUUUAAAGGUUGACUACGGAGACGUUGUCGUUAUGAAAACAUUUAGCUCCGAUACUGUAUGGAGCUGCCUUUGA